UAUGUCUAUAAGCUGACGUGACAUCUCUCUUAAUUCUCAAUAACACUUCUCUUCUUCUUCCUUUCUCCCAACACUAACUCCAUGUUUAUAACGGAAAAACAAGUGUGGAUGGAUGAGAUCGUCGCAAGAAGAGCUUCUUCUUCUUGGGACUUCCCUUUCAACGACAUUAAUAUUCAUCAGCAUCAUCAUCGUCACUGCAACACAAGUCAUGAGUUUGAAAUCUUGAAGAGUCCUCUUGGAGAUGUAGCGGUUCACGAAGAAGAGAGUAAUAAUAAUAACCCUAAUUUCAGUAACAGCGAGAGUGGUAAGAAGGAGACAACAGAUAGUGGUCAGUCUUGGUCCUCGUCGUCUUCAAAACCAUCGGUCUUGGGGAGAGGACAUUGGAGACCAGCUGAAGAUGUUAAACUCAAAGAGCUUGUCUCCAUUUACGGCCCACAAAACUGGAACCUCAUAGCUGAAAAGCUUCAAGGAAGAUCUGGGAAGAGCUGUAGACUACGAUGGUUUAACCAAUUGGACCCGAGGAUAAACCGAAGAGCUUUCACAGAAGAAGAAGAGGAGAGGCUGAUGCAAGCACAUAGGCUUUAUGGUAACAAAUGGGCAAUGAUUGCGAGGCUUUUCCCUGGUAGAACUGAUAAUUCAGUGAAGAACCAUUGGCAUGUUGUCAUGGCUCGUAAGUAUAGAGAACACUCUUCUGCUUACCGUAGGAGAAAGCUUAUGAGUAAUAAUCCACUUAAACCUCACCUCACCAAUAAUCAUCAUCCUAACCCUAACCCUAAUUACCACUCUUUUAUCUCCACUAAUCAUUACUUCGCUCAGCCUUUCCCCGAGUUUAAUUUGACUCAUCACCUGGUUAAUAAUGCCCCUAUCACGAGUGACCAUAACCAGCUUGUGUUGCCUUUCCAUUGCUUUCAAGGUUAUGAGAACAAUGAACCUCCGAUGGUUGUGAGUAUGUUUGGCAACCAAAUGAUGGUCGGCGAUAACGUUGGUGCCACGUCAGACGCGUUAUGCAAUAUUCCGCACAUUGACCCUAGUAACCAAGAGAAACCGGAGCCAAAUGAUGCAAUGCAUUGGAUCGGAAUGGACGCGGUAGAUGAGGAGGUGUUCGAAAAGGCUAAGCAGCAACCACAUUUUUUCGAUUUUCUUGGCUUGGGGACGGCGUGAAUGUUGAACAAAUUGGUGUUAAUCAGAUAACGACAGUGGUUAAAUUUGGUUACAAAAAAAAUAGCAUUUAGCUUUAGUAGCUAGAAAACAAACAAACCAGAUCCUAGCCUUUGUCCUUGCGUUUACGUUAAUUACUAAACUGUAGAUUGUUGUUGUUGGCACUUGGUUGUCUAGUGUAACAUUUGAUAAGUCAUUGUUUUUAGUAGUACUCGUUCAGAAAUAUUUAACAAAGAGAGAUUGGUUUUAAAAA